AUGGCAAAGUUUGAUGCAGCUAAAGCUAUAUUUGUUCAAAUUGAUACAAAUAAAGAUGGAAGUAUCGAUAAAAAUGAAUUUCUUGCUUGGAUGUCAAAUGCUGAAGCAUUAGCUUCAUCUAAGGAAGCAUCAAUUACUGGACAUAUUGUUGAUGAUAAUGUAACUAGUCGAUUUGAUCAAAAUGGAUAUAGAACUAGUUCUCAGAAUAGCGUUCAAUCGAUAGCUGGUAUAGAUGCUUCUUAUGGAACAGCAACAUCAUUUAACAAUAGAGUCACUCAAGCAAACAAAGCAGAACAAUCGAAUUUGCAUCUUUCGAAAUCAGUUAAUUGUAUUUACAAAGAUCCUAAUCCACAAAUUAUUCGACGACCAGCAGCUGGAGGUCCGCUGACUUAUCAGCAGAAGGUUCUUGUUCGAUUUCUUCAACCCCCUACUCUUCCACCACCAGGGCCAUUAAUCAUUAAAGAAGUUCGUCCACCUCAACCUCCGCCACUACCACCACUUCGUAUUCGUCAAACAGCUCCUAAUCUUCCUCAACCUCCUCCACUUAUUCUUCGUGAACGUCCACCAGUUCCGCCAGCUAAAAUUGCUGCACAAACGGUAACUCGUCAUUUGCCUCCUAUACCUGUUCCACCUCGAUCAGUUAUCGUCGAACGUCAUCCACCUUGUCCACAAAAGCCACGAGAUAUAAUAAUCGAACGAUGGAUUCCAUAUGGACCACCACCCCAACGUCGCACCAUUGUUCAACGUGCUCCUGCUCCAGUGAAAUAUACUCAACCACGUAAUUAUGUGAUUGUUUAUGAACCUGUUCAGGCGCGUGUAAUCCGACAAUUUCGCAGAAUUGGCAUAAACAAAGAAGAUCCUCAAGUCUAUAGAACUCGCUAUGGUUCAACACUUUUAGAUUCGGCAACACUAGUUCACGUAGCUCGCAAUGCUGGUGUUAUUGAAGAUAUAUCGCCUCCGGCAACAUCAUCGCCAACAUAUACAGGCACAAAUGAAAAUAAUCUUGAUUCCAAUCAAUUAAGUAGAACAAUCAGUGAAAGUUUCAUGUCAUCAGGUACCAAUAAUGUUCAUGGAAUUCCAUCAAUUCGUGGUCAUCAAGCUGUUAACUGUGGCAAUACUACAUAUUCAUCAUCACCAAAUGUCAUGGGCGAUAAUGCUUUAGCUAGAAGUGCAACUACUUCUAAUGCUGGAUUUACUGUAGGUGGUGCGAAUGUUGCUAAUGGUAAUAAAAAUCGCAAUGGAAUAUUAAAUCAAACAAAAUUUCAACAAUUUAUUCCAAGCCAUAUUUAA